AUGGAGACCUCUGAUAGCAAGCCGGAAGAGGCUGUAGAGCAUCAGGAAAUUCCUCCAUCUCCUCAAGAUGCUGUAACGGCGCGUACGAAGGCCGAGGAGGCUGCCACACAAGAUGGUGACCGGAAUGCGGCAGUUGCCGUCAAUAAUGAGGAUAGUGAUCCGCCGGAGAAGGUAUCGGCGUCUACAUUGAUGGCAGUUUUUUUUAUGGGUCUGUCAUAUGUAGCCGCCAUUUCUUGCGGUCUUGUUAUGCCAGCAGGAAUUGUAUCGCAAAUCGGCACCGCGCUAGGAGACAUGGAGAAUAUUGUAUGGAUUCCUGGAGGUUGGGGCGUUGCUUCUGCGGUCUCCUUUUCUAUUGCUGGUCGUUUGAGUGAUAUUUUUGGUCGUCGAUACGUCCUCAUCUCAGGGCAGGCAUUGACAUUGAUCGGCUCGAUCGUCGGGGCGACUGCGCAUAAGACAACUAUCGUCGCUGCGGGCUCGACCAUUAUCGGAUUCGGUGCCGGCGUCAUUUUUGUCUCCUAUCCCGGUAUCUCGGAGCUAUUGCCAAACAAAUACCGUGGAAUGGGCAUUGCCUGGACAGAGUUCUGCCUGAAUGUACCGUGGGCAGGCCUGGGAGUCCUGAUCGCUCAAGAAUUUGUGAUCCACGCCUCCUGGCGUUGGAUCUACUACGUCGGUAUAAUCUAUGCAGCUAUCUCUAUGACCGGUACAGCCGUCUCCUAUUUCCCACCGUCCCGGCCUCGAGGCGACUAUGAUAAAUCGCGAUGGCAGGAGUUCAAAGAGCUUGAUUUCGUGGGUCUGUUCCUUUUCUGUGGAGGAUUGACCUUGUUCUUGGUUGGAAUCACCUACCUCGGAAAGAGCUCCUAUUCAGUAGCUGUCGUAGCAUCGACCACGGUCAUUGGAGGUCUGCUCUUGGCCGCCUGUCUAGCAUAUGAUUUCACCAUUGCGCGAGACCCGAUUUUCCCACUCAGGCUCUUUGUCAUGUUCCGCGAAUUCACGGUACAUCUCAUUAUUCUGUUUGUAGCGGGCAUGAUUUGGCAGGCGAUCACCACACUCGGGCCUCAGGGUACCCUAUACAUGUUCACUAAUGACCCUAUCCGCAUUGGUGUGCUCCAAAUCCCUAAUAAUAUCUCCGGUUUACUUGGUGGAUGGAUCAUGCCAUCCCUCGUGCACAAGAUCAAGCACGUCCGGGAACAAAUUCUCUUCGCUCUUCUCAUGGAAACCGUAUUCACGGCAUGCUACGCCGCUGUCGUACCGAAUCACGAGAUUGCGUGGUCCGUCAUGCAGCUAUUCGGCCAAUCUUGCUUCACUUGGGUGACAUUACUUGCGUAUGUGUCAUCAGGUCUUUUUGUUCCUCAAGAAGACUUUGGUGUCUCUGCCGGUCUGAUAGGUACCUUCCGAAGCGCAGGCAACAGUGUCGGCAACGCUAUUUUCUCUACUAUUUUGACAUCGCAGGUGAACAAGCAGAUGCCAAAGCGAGUUGCCGAAGCAGCCAUCCAGAACGGCUUUCCGGCCGCUCGUAUCGGUGAAUUAAUCCCAGCUGUGGUAGAGAAUGCAGUUGGUGUUCCGCAUGCAUUCGCUUCGAUUCCGGAGGCCACCUCCAGCGUGAUUUCGGCCACUUCACGUGCAUUCAAGGAGGCAUAUGCAUACUCGUUCCGCCGAGUGUUCUAUGCUACCAUCCCAUUUGGUGUUAUUGCCCUAGGUUUUGCGUGGUUCGUCAAGGACCCAAGCCCGCUUUUGAAUAAUCACGUCGCUGUACACCAGGAACGAGAAAUCCUGUCCGGAAAACGAGUGCUCUCAGCACGAGAACAGGAACAUAUCGAAAAACGAGACAUCCCUGCGUAG